UGCAUUGUGCUGAUAAAGGUCUUAUCACAUUGGCAGAACUUUGACCCCGGGCAGAAAACCUCCCUCGGCCGUAGUUUCACCUACUAAGCUACCUCACGUCUUAAACAUACCAAUCAGACAACAACUUGUGUUUCAUUGGUUUUGGACAUUUAAGGAGAGGGUGAGGAAAGUCAUGCUGAAAGAUUGAUCAUCAUGAACCGAACCUGGGCUCUGUUCAAAGCUCACCCCUACAUCAGUAACGUCCUGGGAUAUACAACUCUGUUUGCCUCAGCUGACGUGAUCCAGCAGAGCGUGCUGGGAGGGUCCACAGCAGAGGGUUCAACUGGAAUCAACUGGGGUCAGACGGCCCGAGUGGCGACUGUCGGUUUCUGUUUCCAUGCCAACCUCAACUACCACUGGCUCAGGUGGCUGGAGAGGAUGCUCCCAGGGGGGGGAGUGAAGGCGGUGACAGGGAAAGUUGUGGUGGAUCAGCUGGUCGCAGCUCCUCUCACCAUCAGUGCCUUUUAUAUUGGUUUAAGCUUACUUGAAAAAAGAGAGGAUCCUCUUGAAGACUGGAGACAGAAAUUCUGGACAUCUUACAAGGCUGGAGUGAUAUAUUGGUCAACAAUGCAGGCAGUGAACUUUUCUCUGGUUCCUCCUGUGGCGCGGACGGUGUUUCUUGGAGGCAUCGCACUGACUUUCACGAUCUACCUGUGCCACCUCAGAGAGCAGCCCAGCCACAAACUGGAAUAAACCCAAGAUCCUCAGCUCAGUGGUGGAAUAAUUUUGUAAAAAGACAAUGAUAGUAGAUAGGAAUUUUUUAAGGCCAGAGGUCAGUUGCAGAGUCAGUAGGUGUCAUUAAGAAGCUCCGGAGGAUUCAUAUAAAUCUCUGUGAAUCAGCUGAUCAGUCCACUCCUGUUGGUUUGUGAUGGCUCCCUUUGUUUCAACUUCCUUACACGAACACUGUAUGUAAAUGUACAUAACACAACAUCCUGAUGAUAAACUUAUUCGUCAUUUCCUGUGAGGAUGUAGAGAACAGUAGAGCUAAUGAACUUUUUUUAACCCGUCGACCUGUUUCAGUACUGGACUAAGAUUAUUGUUGUGAGAUAUUGU